UCAUCGCGCGAUAGCGCGGGCAGGAAGCGGAGCGCUGACAGCGCGGACACCCCGAGGAGCAGCAGGAGCAGCAGCAGGAGCAGCAGCAGGAGGAGCAGCAGGAGGAGCAGCAGCAGGAGCAGCAGCAGGAGCAGGAGGAGGAGCAGGAGGAGGAGCAGCAGCAGGAGCAGGAGGAGGAGCAGCAGCAGGAGGAGCAGCGGGGAGAGAUGCUGCCCGUUACCGUGAACAUCAAGCUGCCCGCGCGCUCGCUGCCCGGGGCGCUGCACGCCAACAACCGCCUCGCCGCGGACUGGGGAUGGCAGGGCUUGCUGGCAUAUGGAUGCCAUUCGCUGGUCAUGGUGGUGGAUCCUCGCACGGCCCAGACAAUCCAGGCUCUGGACAAACACAAGGCAACAGUCGUCAAGGUGAAAUGGGCUCGGGAGAACUACCACCACGAUGCGUGCGCCCCCUACUCCGCCCGCUUGGCCUCGGGGGACGCUAGCGGCAAAAUCGUGGUGUGGGACGUGGCCGCGGGCGGAGCGCGCUGCGAGAUCCAGGAGUACACGAAGCCUGUGCAGGACAUGGAGUGGCUGUGGAGCCAGGACGCCAGCCUGGACCUGCUUCUCGCCGUGCAUCCCCCGAACUUGCUGGUGCUGUGGAACGCAGACACGGGCACCAAGCUGUGGAAGAAGAGCUACGCGGAGAACAUCAUCUCCUUCUCCUGCGACCCCUUUGAUCCCUCCAGCCUCGCCCUGCUGACGAGCGAGGGCAUGGUGUUCGUGCACGACUUCUCCCCAUCGAGGCCGCCACCGAGCGCAGGCAGGAAGGUUUACAUCUCCAGCCCCAGCUCAAGCACCGCCGGUGUUGCCGCGGCAGCGGGACGCGCUCCCACGGGCGCCCGGCGAGCGCUCAACCGUGUCAAGACGCUGAUCACCGACGAGAAGCCGAGUGUGGAGGGGGUGCUGCUCACAGAGUGCAUCCAGAUGUCGUACCUGCCCGCCCACCGCUCCCACAUGCUGCUGCUGUACCCACGCGAGAUCGUCAUCCUCGACCUGGAGAUCAGCCAGACAGUUGGCAUCGUCGCCAUCGAGCGCAGCGGCGUGCCCUUCCUGCAGGUAAUCCCGUGCCGCCAGCGCGAUGCCCUCUUCUGUCUGCACGAGAACGGCUGCGCCACCCUGCGGGUGCGGCGCCCCAACCGCCCCAGCGUGCCCGUGCUGGCCCCCGCCGAUGAGGCCGGUGCGUCUCUGCCGCCGCAUCCAAAACCCCGCGCUCGCGCUCUCUCCCAGCAGGUGGACUGUGUGUCUGCGGACGUGGUGUACGAGCUGCGCUGUCAGUCGGACGCGGUGCGCGUCACCAAGACGGUGCGCCCCAUGGCGCUGGGCUGCUGCCCCGUGGGGGAGAAUGCGGCGGCCAUGCUGGUGAGCGACGGACGCUUGCUCGUGUGGGAGCUGCACGCCACACGCGGCUGUGCUCAGGGUGGCUCCUCUCAGCUGCUGUCUCCGCUCUCCUUCUGCGGGGCACUUGCUGGGCCACGCACCCCCACGCUGCCGGACCUUUCCCUCGACAGCGCCUUUGGCCAGUGCCUGGUGUUUGCGGACGAGCACUCCGCAAGGCCGCCGGGUCCGCAGCAGGAAGUUUCCCUGCGCUUCCUGCUCACGGGGCUGCUCUCCGGCCUGCCGCCCCCGCCGUUUGUGCUGCGCAUGUGCCCCCCACUCACCACCAAGAACCUGGAGCAGUACCAGCCCCUGCUGGCCGUCGGCACGAGUAGUGGCUCGGUGCUGGUCUACCAUCUCACCAGCGGGCUGCUCUACAAGGAGUUCAGUGUGCACACCUGUGAGGUCCGGGGUAUUGAGUGGGUGAGCCUGACAUCAUUCCUGUCCCACGCCAGCUCCACCCCUAAUAACGUGGGCUUGGUUCGCAAUGAACUUCAACUGGUGGACAUGUCUACAGGGCGGAGCACGCCGUUCCGCGGCGAGAGGGGGAACGAUGAGCCUCCUAUCGACAUGAUCAAGAUCUCACACCUCAAGCAGUAUCUGAUUGUGGCGUUCCGCGACAAGCCCGUCGAGUUGUGGGACGUGCGCACGGGCGCCCUGCUGCGCGAGAUGCCCAAGACCUUCCCGGCCGUCACGGCCCUGGAGUGGUCCCCCUCUCACAACCUGCGCACCCUGCGCAAGAAGCAACUGGCGGCGCGGGAGGCGAUGGCGCGGCAAACGAGCGUGACCGAUGGGGAGACCGGCUCCCUGCAACCCUCGCUCAUCAGUCUGCUGCAGGACGCAGAGAGCAAGGCGGAACAGGGAGCGACUGUGUGCGCGCGUGAACACUUUGUGUUCACCGACUCCAACGGAGUCAUCUACCACUUCACCGUGGAGGGCACGAGCGUCAAGGAGGGGGCACGCAUCCCCCCCGAUGCCAGCAUGGGCAGCAUCAGCAGCAUUGCCUGGAAGGGAGAUGUUCUGGUGCUCGGCGACUCGGAUGGAAACCUCAACUUCUGGGACCUGAAGGCGAAGCUGUCCAGGGGAAUCCCCACUCACCGAGGCUGGGUGCGGAGGUUGCGCUUCGCUCCCGGGAAGGGGAACUCGCGCCUCCUCGUUCUGUACAACGACGGCAUCGAGAUCUGGGACACCAAGGAGGUGAAGAUGGUGAGCAGCCUGCGCAGUGGGCGCAGCGUGGCGUGGCGCGUGCUCGACGUGGACUGGUGCACCUCGGACAAGGCGGUGCUCGCGUGCGAGGACGGCUGCGUGCGCGUCAGCGACACGGCGCUCCGGGGCUCCGCAUUCCGCAUGGAGGAGCAGGAGCUCACCGAUGCGCUGUGGUGCCCGUAUCUGCUGCCCCCGCGCGCCGGCCUGGCGCUGAAGGCCAUCCUGCUGCACCAGCCGUGGGACUGCCGGCACACGCUGCAGAUCGACGACAUAGACUACCAGGAGCAUGUGGACGUGAAGCGCCUCUUGCAGGAGCAGCUGGACGCUUUGUCCAACGAUUACAAGAGUCUGCUGCUGAACCCCAACUUCUCCCUCCUGCAGAGGUGUCUCCUGACGGCCCGUCUGUUUGGGGACGAGUCGGAGCUGCACUUCUGGACGGUGGCCGGGUUCUACCUGCAGCACCACAAGCGCACGGCGGGGCUGGCGGGGCCCAGCGGGGACGGCCUCGACGUCUGCUACGAUCUGCUCUGCGACAACGCCUACUUCCAGAGGUGGCAGCUGGAGAGGGUCGGCUUGCAGGAAGCCAAGCGCGCGACGUACGCGCACACUAACAAGUGCGCCGACAAACUGCUGCUGCUGGGACAGACGGAGCGCGCGGUGCAGCUGCUGCUGGAGACGAGUGCAGAGAACGCGGCCUACCACAGCGACUCGCUCAAGGCCUGCCUCGUGAGCACGCUGCCCGCCUGCGGAGCUGCGCAGAGCACCAUCAAACUCGUCGCCACCAACAUGAUCGCCAGUGGCAAGCUUUCGGAAGGUGUGCAGCUGCUGUGUCUCAUUGACAAGGCGGCCGACGCGUGCCGAUACCUGCAGACGUACGGCCAGUGGAACCAAGCGGCCUGGCUCGCAAAGGUGCGGCUGGGCCAGGAGGAGUGUGGGGAGGUGCUGAAGCGCUGGGCCGAUCACCUCUGCUCUCCGCACGUCAACCAGAAGUCACGCGCGAUCCUCGUGCUGCUGUCGCUUGGCUGCUUCCAGCGCGUGCUGGACAUGCUGCACAGCAUGCGCUACUUCGACCGGGCGGCGCUCUUCCUGGAGGCGUGCGUGCAGGCCGGGGUGCUCGCGGACCCAACCGACGCCACUCGGCCCCUGACGGAGUCGGUGUGCGCGGAGUACGGCCGCUACCUGCGCUCGCUGGGCCUGGGCAGCGCGGCCGCCGAGUACGCGGCACGUGGCGGCCCCGCCGGCGUCGAGAUCCUGGCUCAGCUCGCGCCGUCUCGGGAGGCGGAGACACCGGACUCCAACAAGACGAGCGGCCUCGAGCCCGACAAAGCGGCGCCGCAUGUGCCGGGGACGCUGGGCUCGUCGUGCUUGGUAGAAGCGUAGGGCUUGCCGACUCCGGGGGCCCUCCGGGGUGCCGACCGCAGAUACGCGAUGCAGACCACCGAUGUGCACGCACAGGUGAACGACUGGCAGCAGCCGACCUCGAGGUGGAUCAGCUGUUCCUCCUGGAUGAGAGUACAAUACUGUAUGGACACGCUGACCACUUUAUAAAGCGAUGUUUAAGUGUUCCUGCCGAACGUAACUGUACUCAAAGCUGUUGUUGCUGUGAUGAUGUGAUGAUCUAAAUAAACUCGACGUGACUUGCAUUGUUGGCCA